UGCGAUGCUGAAAGUCCCUGCCCUGAAGAUGCCCCAUGUUGCUCUCAGUAUGGCAGAUGUGGUGUCGGUGAAAACUGUCUAGGUACCUGUGAUCCAAGAUACUCCUACAAUAUAUCUGCCUGCAUGCCUGUCCCAGUUUGCAAAGACCUAAAAACUUCCUUCACCUCAACUGAUCAACUAUUGCCCGUUGAUUACUACUAUGGAGACCCAAGUGAAUCUGACUGGAUCUACUCUGGUACCGUAUUGGACUACGACAACAAAUCAAUCAUAAUCGCAAUGCCAAAGGAUACCUCUGGUACUGUCGUCUCCUCAACCCGAUAUGUUCUCUAUGGUAAAGUCGGCGUAACUUUCAAAACUUCUCGUUUACAGGGUGUUGUAUCUGCCUUUAUUCUAUUUUCAAACGUUCAAGAUGAAAUCGAUUUUGAAAACAUUGGUGCUGAUUUAUACAAAUUUCAAGCGAAUUUCUACUACCAAGGGGUCCUCAACUAUACAAAUCAAAUCAAUAUGACAACUGAAGAAAGCACCUUUUCAAACUACCAUACCAUAUCCGUCGACUGGACUCCUGAUAAACUAGAAUGGUUGCUUGAUGGUGAAGUUACUAGAACUCUAUUAAGAGAAGAUACCUGGAAUGAAACAACUCAAACUUACCACUAUCCCCAAACUCCCUCAAGAGUUCAGAUUUCUCUUUGGCCAGGUGGUAGUGAUUUAAAUGAAGAAGGUACAAUCGCUUGGGCUGGUGGUGCAAUAAACUGGAAUUCCCCCGACAUUCAAAAUUAUGGUUACUACUAUGCUAUCUUAUCGGACGUCAGCAUAGAAUGCUACGAUCCACCUUCUUCCGUCAAAUCAACAGGCUCAAAGAGCUAUAAAUACAAU